AUGGAAAGUAUCAAAUGUCUUGUAUGCAUGUUGGGGUGUGCCGUAGUGUUAACAUCGUCAACGGAAAUUCAAGUAGCUGUAUUUUUGUCUGGAAAUCCUUCUUCUAUACUCGGUCUACGGCUCUUACCAGCCUUUGAGAUAGCACGAGAGACUAUCUCGAAGCGUGUUGAGAUAAACGAAUACGCCAACUUCACUCUGACAUGGGUUCCGUCGACGCUGGGGUGUGGCUACCCCGUACGAGCCGCCGUUGGAAAAGCCGCUAAAAUGACCCUUCGAGAGAACGUAGUGGCGUACUUUGGGCCGACUUGUAGCAGCAGCAUGCAUGCCGUGGGUGACUUGGCUGCCGCCCUUAAUGUACCCGUUUUCUCGGGCAGUGCUAGCUCCCAUGAUCUUGAUGACAAAGCUAGGUAUCCCACGUUGACGCAGACUGUCUACAAACCAAGCUCAAUGGUUUCCUUCUUGGAUGAUCUUUUUCAUAAGUUUCGCUGGAAAUCUUGCGUUUUGUUACGAGAAAGGAGGUCUGUAUUCCCUCUUGCAGCAGAUGCCAUUGCAGAUGGUCUACGCGAGGCAGAUAUAACAAUAGCGCACACUUUUUAUAUCAUCGCCGACGAUGGUUUUGAUUUUGUUCUGGAGGAGGCAUCUUUACUCAGCCAGAUUAUUGUAAUCAGCGCAGCUGGUGACAGUGUGCGCAAGAUCAUGAUCAGCGCGCACAAUCUUGGAAUGGUGAGCGGCAACUACGUUUUUAUAAGUUACCAUCCGUUCAACAACACCAAGUCAUUCGGGGCAGACUCGUGGUAUCAGGGAGAUGAGCAUGAUGAGAUUCUGAAGAGCGCUUAUCGGGCAUUAAUGACGAUUCGUGUGUAUGAACCAAAUAAUCAGGAAUAUAUUGACUUUCAGCGUGAGAUUGCAGAUCGUGUGCUUAAAGAUUAUAACUUGACGUUUGAGCCAGGGAAUGAGAAUAAUUUCUUUGCGUCGUCAUUCCAUGAUGCCUUGAUUCUGUACUCACUUGCCAUCAAUGAGACACUACACGAGGGAGGUGACAUACGGGAUGGUCUAGCACUAAGGGGGAAGAUGUGGAACCGAACAUUCAGAGGCAUCGGUGGCAAUGUUGACAUGACGCCAGACGGAGACAGAGCGACCGUGUAUUCCCUAUGGGAUAUGACUGACACUGAACAUGGUGUGUACGAGGUUGUUGCUGAUUUCUUUGGCUUGUCCGGGAAGGCAAAGUUUUAUAGGGAGAUCAAGUGGCACGGGCUCCCUCCUGGUGAGGUACCUGUGGACAAGCCUUUCUGUGGGUUUUACAAUGAGAACCCCGCCUGCAAAUCUGAAGAGAGCAACACUGUUUUGAUAGUCUCUUCGUGCUUGGCUGCCAGCGUUUUCAUCAUCUCUACAUGUGGCAUCAUGUUCGUCUACAGGAAAUGGAAGCUGAAUGCCGAGCUAAUGAACAUGUCAUGGAAAAUCCAAUAUUCUGAUCUGGUUUUUAACGAUAUUUCCAAAUCAGUGGCGUCUUCGAUUCGAUCCCUCUCACUGUCUGUUACUGGCCAGACGGGAGACGCAAACCAAAGACAAAUUUUCACCAAAGUUGCUCAAUAUGAGGGUCGUGUGGUUGCCCUGAAACCCAUUGUGAAUAACAAACUCGACCUGAAUAGGAGUGUACUCUUGGAGUUACGAAAUUUGAGACGUCUUGAGCAUAGCAACAUUAUCCGGUUCGUAGGAGCCUGCACAGAUGGACCAGACGCUUUCAAAGACAUGAUUAUAACCGAGUAUUGCCCUAAGGGUAGUCUUCAGGAUAUUCUCGAAAACGACGCGAUAAAACUGGAUUCGGACUUUAAGAGUUCAUUGUUAAUUGACGUCAUCAAGGGUUUGGGUUUUCUUCACCACCGCAGUGAGCUAGGCGUGCACGGCAGGAUGAGGUCGUCUAACUGCGUGGUGGACAGCCGCUUCGUGGUCAAACUGACAGACUUUGGUCUCCUUGCUUACAGAGAUGAUGCUUUAUCCGAACAAAGUGAUGAACAAACACACCUCAAAAAAAUGCUGUGGAAACCACCAGAGUUCAUUCGAAAAUCAAACGAAAACCACACGAAAGAGGGUGACAUUUAUGCAGUUGGUAUCAUCAUGCAGGAGGUGGCGAUAAGAGGUCCGCCAUUCGAGAAUGAGUUUCGAGAGACUGAGGGCGUUGAAGCCAUUUUGAAAAAGAUUGCAUCUCAUUCAACCCAACCAUUCCGUCCCCACGUCCCAACCGAAGCCUGUCACCCAGAAAUGCGCGCUAUUAUGGCAAGAUGUUGGCAUGAAACACCAGAGGAAAGGCCCACAGUGGAUGAACUCAUGGCUAACAUGAAGAAGAUUUGCAAGAACGUCUCAGGAGGUAUCAUGGACAACCUGCUAUCUCGUAUGGAGUUCUACGCCAGUAACUUGGAAGGUCUUGUAGAGGAGAGAACCUCUGCCUUCUUGGAAGAGAAGAAGAGAGCUGAGACGCUCCUCUAUGAAGUCUUGCCGAAGUCUGUGGCCGAUCAGCUUAAAAUGGGAUCCACUGUUCACCCAGAGUCUUAUGACAAUGUGACGAUUUUCUUCAGUGACAUCGUGGGAUUCACUGAGCUUUCAUCGGGCAGCACCCCUAUGCAGGUUGUUGCUCUGUUAAACGACCUGUAUACCUGUUUCGAUGGGAUUAUUGGCAACUUCGACGUAUAUAAGGUUGAGACGAUUGGAGACGCCUAUAUGGUGGUGUCAGGCCUGCCCAUCCGCAACGGCUCUGCCCAUGCGCGAGAAAUCGCAAACAUGGCGCUGUCAUUGCUUGGGGCAGUGGGAACCUUCAAAGUGAGACACAGACCAGAGUGGAAGCUUCAAUUGCGGGCUGGAGUACACUCGGGUCCAUGCGUGUCUGGAGUGGUUGGUCUGAAGAUGCCCAGAUACUGUCUGUUUGGUGACACAGUCAACACAGCGUCCAGAAUGGAAUCAAACGGAGAAGCACUCAAGAUACACAUCAGCGAUACGACCCGACAUAUCCUGCAAGAGUUUGACGAGUUUAUCAUUAAGGAUCGAGGAGAAAUUGAAAUGAAGGGUAAAGGUAAACAGAGGACAUUCUGGCUGAUCGGACAACAAUCUCAACCUUAGUUCAUGCAGGUCAAGAGGAACAAUCUGAGAUCA